AUUCCUAUAUCCAUGUAUAUGUAGCAUCUAAGUAGCAAACUGAACCUAAGAAAAAGCAGAGGAAGUGAAAGUCCAGAAAUGAAUCUCAACCUAAACCCCCUUACCUUUCAACCCGGGAAGUUUCCUUCUCUUUCUCUCCCUCCCAGAUCUUCUCAUACAUCUCCCAAAUUCUCCAUGGCCUCCAUGCACCGCUCUGUGUCCAGGGAGAUUAAGAAUACAAAGAAGACUUCUAGCUCUCCUCGCAAGGUGCAAGUAACCCACUCAAUGCCACCACACAAGAUUGAGAUUUUCAAAUCCAUGGAGAAUUGGGUUGAGGAGAACGUUUUAAUUCACCUGAAGCCAGUUGAGAAAUGUUGGCAACCUCAGGAUUUUCUGCCUGAUCCUGCAUCUGAUGGAUUUCAUGAGCGAGUCAAGGAGCUACAGGAGAGAGCUAAGGGGACCCCAGAUGACUACUUUGUGGUUUUGGUUGGACAUAUGAUCACUGAAGAAGCCCUUCCAACUUACCAAACACAGAUCAAUAUCACUGAUGGAAUUCGUGAUGAAACAGGGGCAAGCCCCAGCUCAUGGGCAACUUGGACAAGGGCAUGGACCGCUGAAGAGAACAGGCACGGUGACCUUCUUAAUAAGUAUCUCUAUCUGUCUGGAAGAGUAGACAUGAAACAAAUCGAGAAGACGAUUCAGUAUUUGAUUGGGGCUGGAAUGGAUGCUCAGAAUGAUAACAGUCCCUACCUUGGCUGCAUCUAUACUUCAUUUCAAGAAAGGGCAACCUUCAUAUCCCAUGGCAGUACUGCCAGGCUCGCCAAUCAACAUGGGGACAAGAGCUUGGCUCAAAUAUGUGGCAUAAUAGCCUCAGAUGAGAAGCGCCAUGAAACUGCCUACACCAAGAUAGUGGAAAAGCUCUUUGAGAUUGAUCCCAAUGGAACUGUUUUGGCUUUUGAAGACAGGAUGAGGAAGAAAAUCACCAUGCCGGGCCUCUUGAUGUAUGAUGGAUGUGAUGAAAACCUUUUUGAGCACUUCUCAGCAGUUGCUCAGAGGCUUGGUGUGUAUACUGCCAAGGACUAUGUUGAUGUCUUAGAAUUCUUUGUGGAGAGAUGGAACGUGGAAAAGCUAACUGGGCUUUCUAGUGAGGGGCGAAAAGCUCAGGAUUACGUUUGUGGGUUAGCUCAAAGAUUGAGAAAGCUGGAGGAGAGAGCUCAAGAAAAAGCUAAGCAAGCACCCACCAUUCCUUUCAGUUGGAUUUUGGAUAGAGAAGUGAGGCUCUGAGUGCAAAAUGGAAGACAAAGAUUGGUCGUGUCCUCAAAGAUCUAUCCUGUAAUAUACAAGUGUAAGCCAUCUAUGUACGUUUUGUUUUAAAUUUCCAAAGUUAAAAUUUAAUUAUAUGGUAUGGUAUGGUA